AUGUCCAUGUGCAAUGCGCUGCCUGCUCGCCUGCCGCUCUGCCUCGCAGGGCAAUGCAGUCCUCUGAUGGGCACGGUGCCGACGGGCGUGCAAAUUUCUCCGAGUCUCUCCCUCGUCGAGUCACAGUUUACAGUACUAGCCAUGGCGACGUCGGCGCCAGAUACAAAAGCAUCCACGCUGCCUCUGAAGCGCCCAUCCGCCCCCGGCUCCCUCUCACGCACCCAUACCGGCCCAUCCAUCCACCCAUCCACCCAUCCACCCAUUCACACCAACCCUCUCCCCCACGCUUCCUCACCAUCAACCCCUCGUCGACCCUUUGCCUACCCUCGACCCGCCCGCCGGCCAAUUACACCUCUUCAAUCCGCUGCCAUCCCCACGCUACCUGCCUCUUCUACCCCAGACUUCUCCCUGGCCACCUUGAUCUCCCCCCCCUACCCUACCCUUGCCCUCCACUCUGACGUCCUACCGUCGCAUACAGCGGCUUCUGUCUCUCCCUCCUCUGCUCCUCUCCCUCCUGCUUUCAUCAUCCGCCUGACUCCUCCCUUCUCAGCAAAACUUUGUGGGAUGAAUUUCGGCUUCAAAAACGACACUUCGCACUGGCCCGUAGGACAAGAACACAUCAACCGAUAG